AUGGCAGCAGCGUACAAGAAAACCUCAUACAACCUUCCUUUACAGCCCCGUCGGGUGCGCUUCAACCUUCCGUCGACAGAUGGGGACGGCAGUGGCCGCGGCGCCGAUGCCGACGGCAGCGUCGUCGUCAAGCACGCUCCGGCGGGAGACGGCUGGCUUCGAACACGCGCUCCUUUCAGUCAUCGUUCAGAUGCACGCCGUUCGGAGAGUGUGGACAAACACCCCGCAGGAGUCGUCACCAAAAACAACCGCGUCGCAGAGUUCACGUACCCCGGCCAAGGGACCAGUGUCCCGGUCACCGCGUCUCCAGGAGUUAGGACGAGGAUUCACCCCACUGGCAGGUACAUCAGAGGCACGCUGUCCCCAACAGCCAACGCGACACCCCACGCUGCUGCCUCCCCCGGAGGACAAGCCCUCCUGAGGGCAGCACGCGAUGGGGAUGACAGCGUAUUACGGGACCUUCUUCGUCGAGGUACCCUCAUUGGUAUACCGGAAGGAGACUUGAAUGCUGUCGAUUCCAGCGGAAGGACAGUAUUAAGUUAUAUCGCUUCUAAUGGAACGAUAGAUCUGUUGGAGCAAAUACUGCAAUUACCCGGAUUGGACCCCAAUAAACCGGAUAACGAAGGGAAUACUCCAUUGCAUUUCGCUGCUCAAGCCGGUCAAAUUGAGUGCCUGAACUGUAUGCUAAGUCGAUGUAGAGGGAUAGAAAUAGACGCUAGAAAUAAUUUAGGUUUUACUCCACUUAUGAAAGCUGCUCUUCAAGGGAGAAAUAAAUGUGCCAAAUUAUUACUAUUUGCAGGAGCAAAUCCCACCUUGCGUGAUAACGGACGUGGAUUCAGGGCGGACCAGUGGGCCAGAUUCUGCGGUCGCUAUGUUUGCGCGGAUGUCAUCGAGAAGCACGCGAGGCAGAGACUUCUUGAGAGGUCCACUUCCUAUGGGAAUUGGGGUGGAGAGAAUGAGCUCGGAGCCCGCGUUCUUAUGGGAAAAGUCAUUCCAGUCCCGACUAUCCCUCAGCAGUCGUCUCACGGUUUGAAAUCAAAAUUGAGGAAAGUAUUCAGAACGUCUUCCGGACCAAGUCCACACGACACGCUGUCGAGCGCACGCCUAGUCACUCAGCUGACUUCGGCCGCCCUCUGCGCCAGCUCCCCCGUGCUUCCUUCCGGCCCCAACGUCCCCCCAGUAGUGAAGAGUCUGAUCCGCCCUCUAACGGUCCCCCGCCUCCAGAUCACGCUGGUCAACAACAACGCCGACUUCUCCAACAGCAACGUCGGCAACGGGGUGUCGAAGCCCGCCCCUGUCGCCGCGGAGAAGGUACCCGACGAGAAGGCGCCCACGGUCAAGCCGAGGACUAAGAAAAAAAAAUAGCACGAGUGCCACCUCUGCAGAUGGUAGAGUAUUAAGACUAAGAGACUGUUGUUGAAUGCUGAAGAAUUGAGAUUAGCGUUCUGCGUUAUUUUGAUGUUAAAAUUCUUGAGAGUAAUACUUUAUUGUGAGGCCAGAUGUUUAACACGGAAUAAAAAUAUGUUUUUUACUGUUAUCGCCUACAGUCUCAGCUGUCAGGCCGUUGCAAUAAAUAAAGUAAAACAUUUUUUGAAGAGGACCGACGACAUAAUUAAGUUCGCACAACAUUACUAAAUUUUUUGAGGGGAAAAUAUGUUAUUAUAAGAAAUAUUUACAUUUAUCUGUCCAGAGGAAUUGGAAUUAUAUCAUAUAAAAAAUAUUUUUAUCUUCAGAAUAGUCAGAGUUGUCUAGUUAUUUCAAAUUUAUUAAAUCCUUUCAUUAAACAAAUAUUUUUGCGUCUUAUCCACUGCUAGUUAAAGAAGCCAUAUUUUUGGCUUUUUAAAGUGUGUAUCAGGUUUUCUUUAGCAACUUUUAUUUGAUAACCUAUACUCCGCGGUCGAAAUUAUAGAGAGUGACUCAUCGCUAGCUUUUGGACUAGUAAGGGGGAUGAAGCGUG